AUGCCUCCAAAGAAAGUCGUCGAGGAGAAGAAGGCGUUACUGGGUAGACCUGGUAACAACUUGAAGAGUGGAAUUGUCGGUCUUGCAAAUGUCGGCAAGUCAACACUCUUUCAAGCUAUUACCAAGUGCUCCCUUGGUAACCCCGCAAACUUUCCUUUCGCAACCAUCGAUCCUGAAGAAUCUCGAGUUAUUGUUCCUGAUGACAGAUACGACUGGCUUUGCGAAAAGUACAACCCUAAGUCCAGAGUGCCAGCACAUCUUACAAUUUACGACAUCGCCGGUUUGACUCGAGGUGCAUCCAAGGGUGAAGGUCUUGGAAAUGCAUUUUUGUCCCACAUCCGUGCUGUCGAUGCCAUCUUUCAAGUUGUCCGUUGUUUCGAUGAUGCCGAGAUUAUUCACAUUGAAGGAGAUGUUGAUCCUGUCCGCGAUUUGACCAUUAUCAGUGAUGAGCUCCGUAUCAAGGAUAUCGAGUUUGUUGAGAAGGCACUCGAAGCUCAGAAGAAAUUGACUAGAAGAGGUGGUCAAUCACUCGAGAUGAAGAAGCUCAGAGAGGAGGAAGCCACUAUCGAAAAGGUUUUGGCUAUGCUUAACGAUGGAAAAGAUGUUCGAAAGGGUAACUGGUCACCGAAAGAGAUCGAGUGCAUCAACCCUCUCUUCCUUUUGACUGCCAAGCCAGUCGUGUACCUUAUCAACUUGAGUGAGAAGGAUUACAUCAGAAAGAAGAACAAGCAUUUGGCAAAGGUUAUGGAAUGGAUCAAGGAGCACGCAGCUGGUGAUCCAAUUAUGCCAAUCUCCAUCUGCCUUGAGGAGAGAUUAACCCAAUUCGCGACUGAAGAAGAAGCCAAGGAGGAACUCAAGACCUUGGGUGUUGAAUCCGCUUUACCUAAGAUUAUCACCGCCAUGAGAAAGGUUUUGGACCUCGGAAGUUUCUUCACUACAGGUACAGAUGAAGUCCGUCAAUGGACUAUCAGAAAUGGUACCAAAGCACCACAAGCUGCAGGUGUCAUUCAUGGUGACUUCGAGAAGACUUUCAUUCAAGCUAUCGUAUAUAACUUUAACGUGCUCAAGGAAUUCAAUGGAGAUGAAGCUGAGAUCAAGGCUAAAGGAAAGGUUAUGACUAAGGGCAAAGAUUACGUUGUCGAAGACGGAGACAUCUUAUUGAUCAAGGCCGGUGCCGCAAAGGGCUAG